AUCUUUUUAUAUAUAUAUAUAUAUAUAUAUAUCUACAUGUCUGUUUAUUCACACUGCCACAGUGGUAAUUGUUAAGGCGGAGACUACAAUGGGUCAGUGUGGAAUCACGUCGUCGAAGACCGUGCUGGUUUUUCUCAAUCUCAUCUUCUGGGCUGCAGCUGGAAUUUUAUGCUACAUCGGAGCCUAUGUGUUUAUCACAUACGACGACUAUGACCACUUCUUUGAAGAUGUGUACACUUUGAUCCCUGCUGUCAUAAUUAUAGCCGUUGGGACUCUUCUCUUCAUCAUUGGCUUGAUUGGCUGCUGCGCAACAAUACGUGAAAGCUACUGUGGUCUGGCAACUUUUGCUGCCAUUCUCCUGCUGGUGUUCGUAACAGAGUGUGUGGUGGUGGUGCUGGGUUAUAUAUACAGAGCAAAGGUAGAAGAUGAGGUGAAUCACUCCAUUCAGAAGGUUUACAAUGAGUACAAUGGCACCAACACUGAUGCUCCAAGUCGUGCUAUUGACUAUGUGCAGAAGCAGCUUCACUGCUGCGGCAUUCACAACUACUCUGAUUGGAGGAACACUCACUGGUUUAAAGAGUCUAAGAACAACAGUGUCCCAGUAAGCUGCUGUCAGCCCAGCAUCAGCAACUGUACUGGCACUCUCACUCGUCCAUCAGAUCUCUACCAAGAGGGCUGUGAAGCUCUCGUUGUGAAGAAGCUAAAGGAGAUCAUGAUGUACGUCAUAUGGGCUGCGUUAACCUUUGCAUCUAUACAGAUGCUGGGAAUGCUCUGUGCCUGCGUGGUGCUGUGCAGAAGGAGUCAUGACCCAGCGUAUGAGCUACUGGUCACGACCAACAGCUACGCAUGAAUGACGCGGCCAGCAAAGCACUCCGAAAAUCAAAAAGAGUGUCACCAGACAUGUCCACAGUAGAUUCAGCUGUAGUUAAAUAAGCUCAAGCACACCUUGCACAAUUCAUGAUAAAGUAGCGAACACUGAUGACGUGGUUUUGGUGGGCGGGGGCUACAAGGCAAAACCAGUGACAUAUUUAUUGACAUACAUUGUAAGUUGCUGUUACUUUAAAUAUUCUUUUUUCUCCUUUUUCUCUCCUUACUAAUAGUGAAACAGGGAAGCCAAAGUUGUGUAAGGCUAAUUGACCCUUGUGAUUUUGAUGUUGCAUUUCCUUGUUUUGUUUUUGUUAUUUCUAAAGUGAGGGCACUUUUCCAGUGAGGUUGAUGAGAAGUAUUUUGGAGCUUGUGUGUCUUAUUUGGAAUGUAUUUCCUUGUCAGCUAGUUUGCACUACGACUGUAACCCUGGGGAUAUUUUGUGGUCGUUAAAAUGCAAGGUCUGUGUUAAAAAGAACACAUUCUCCUUCUUUUGGCUUCUCCAAUUUAAUAUUUCCAAAACUUAAACUUGAUCAGACUUUGUGAAAAGGAAGAACUUUUCUUUUCCAUAGAAAGAACAUCCUUUCUUAUCCUUUUUUAACAUCCGUUUUUAUCUUUGUCAUUUUGUUUUUGGAACAUUGCUUUUAAAGCUAUGGUUUAAUAGAACGAGUUCAUAUUCCCAGUUAUUCAGGUUGUAAAUGAUGCACACUCUGUUUUGGUGGAGAUGUUCUCUGAUUCUAGCUUCACUAGUGAGACAUGCCUAAUAUACUCACCUUUUAGUCUCCAGUGUUAUUGGUUGGAGUAUUAUCAGUGUUAUGAAAACUUGUGUAUGUGUAGUUACCGGCAGAGAAUUCCUUCUGUCCACUUUGUUAGUUAUAAACCUGCUAUAAAGAAAUAUGUCACUUUGUUUUAUACAUUUUCGUGAAUUUUGGGUUUUGUUUCAAUAUUUUUGUUAAGUUUGUUGACCCCCUACAGAUACUUAGCUAGUGCUGAUAAAAACAAAACAAAUGUAUAGACUAGAAAAGAGGCAGGAGACAAAUAAACUCAUACAUUUUAAUGUGAA